CACUCCUUUCGGGCCUCGUGGGGGUGCCAUCCAAGGUCGUCCGUCCACACCAAUGGCAGAUAGUGGAUUUGGUAUAGAUAAUCUCAAAGAACGCGUUGAAACUCAAAGUUCCCCUUCGUUUGGGCAGAAUUUAGGGCGAAAUCCACGACAGGGACAACAAAGUUCCGCACAGGGGCAAGGAUUAAAAAAUGGAUCUUCUCAGUCGGGCAACUUUAAUUCUGGCUCGCGGCAAGGUGAAAUUAGAAUCGACACAAGCGCAGAAGCUGAAAGAGUUAGAGGUGAUGAGAGAGCACGUCGUUUGGAACAAGCCCGAAUGGUGGGCAUUGAACAAGAUCGAAUCGAAGAGCAGCGAAGACGAAAGGCAGAGGAAACACGGCUACAACAGCAGCGUCUUCAAUCGGAGGCUCGCGCACGCAUGGAAGCGGAAAAAAUUAUGUCGGAUGGGAAGAAAUAUGAAGCAGUCAAGAGAGCAAUCGCUGCCAGCGACGACAACUAUGUCCCUCCACAAACCGUGUUAGAUUCAAGAAGCCCGGAUCCCCUUCUGGAGCAAGUGGACGGACCUUCGUUGUUGAAAUAUGAAGGGAAGGAGAUGACGUAUAACGGAAGAAGUACGAAAGUGUAUGGUGGGAGUACAUUGGAUGUUCCAAUUAGAGUUACAGCCCCUGGCUCUGUCGUAGAAUACACCAUCGAAAAAAAAUCUUACGAUUUCGGAUUAGGAAUUAUUGCAAAGUUAGACCAAGGUGGGACUACGAUAGUUAAGGUACGGAACUGAAGACACUUGCUGAACUUUAUAUUUGUGUUUUGUUGACUCUAACACUAAUCUCUUAAUUCAUGCGAUCUUGACUUUACGGAAAGCCCAUGACACCGUUCGAUGGCAAAGAUGUUGUAGCAGAUCGUCCGAGACAGAAGACUCAAUCUGAUCAAGUUUUAGUUGGUGCCGGAAGUGUACCUUGUACGCUAAACUUCAAGUUUGAGAAUAAAUUCUCUUGGAUUACUGAAGUUACAUACAAGAUUCGUGUCAUCCCUCCCUCAACUGAAUUGCUUUUGUCUGGGCGUAGACGUCGUGCUACCGCAUGCAUGCAGGCGCUCGACAAUGAUAUAGGCGAAACAAAUAUGAAACUGAAUGAAUUGUAUAGCGAAGGUAACAUUUUGCAGAAUGAAGUUGAUGCUUUAACUCAACAAGUCCAAUAUAUGGAGAGCAAUCUCCAAGAAGCCAGAGAUGAAGAAUGGAACAUCCGGAAUACAGAAGACGAAGCAAUCGAUAGUAGUAGCGUUGCUACCAGUAAUAACCGAUUUCUGUUUUGAACAUCGCAAUAAUCAUUUGGUUUUGAGAAACUUUAUAACCAGUGAAAAUGUCAACCAACUUGCUUCAGAAUUGUCAUGCGAUGUUUCUCUGGUGCCAGGUGCUCAUAUGUUUAUUUUAUUCUUCGUGUACAAGUAAGAGAAACCUAAAGAAAAAAAGAAAAUUAUCAAUUUCCACAUAAACCAUAACUACCUGU